UUCGCUGCAGGGUUCUUGCCACAAUCGCCGCUGUUCGUGUGGAAUUUGGCAAGUACGAAAGCGAGGCAUUGGCAACCGCAUACCACAGCAUGGCAGACCGCAAGAACCAUCUGAAGUCUGCCACGACCUGUCUUACAUAUCGCCAGAACGCAAGAGUCUGUUCACGACAUCCAGGUCUCGCGACGAAUACUGUAUGGUUCAAUGAGAACCCGAAAACAUAUAAGACAGCGUUCGAUGGUUGCACAAGAACAUCAUCCUACUCACCGCACGACUUCUCACAACUCGACCACGCAACGACAGCACAGCCACCGCAACCAACAAUGCCUUCCAAGUAUAUCGUCGAGGUCCGCUACGACUCACCAAAACCCAAACCCACAAUCAAAGCUUCCUUCAAAUCUUCCUCUGGCGAUGGCUGGUCCAGUUCCUGCGAGAAAUGGAAUACCAAACACACUUCUUCGAGCACUUCUAAGCAGACGGAAGCUAUGCAGGGUCUCAUGAAAACUGCAAAGACGAAGCUCGAAGGUAAAGGUCAUGGAGUAUCGGCGAUGAAGGCCGUGGGAAAUAGCAUGAGGGCCAAGACUUCGACUGAUGGGAAGGAGCGAUACUGGGGAUUGAAGCAGAAGAAGGGCGGCAAGGUGGUGAUGAGAGGGGAGUGAGAUGGCGGAUUAUUAUUGGUCUAUUCGUCAGGAGAGCGCAUUGCUCCUCCUUUGACGCAGCGGUAUAUCUCAGACUACCUGUCUUUGCCGUAGCAAUGCAAUGCCUAGGAUCUUGAUCUGUUGUCCUACUCCCGGAGUAACUUCCAAGUAAAGUAGCUUCCGAAGCAAGA